AGGAUAGUCUUAUAGCGUCUGCCACGGCCUCUGGACUUCUUCUAUUUCAUCACUCUUGACCGUCUCUACAUUCGACAGGAGAGGGUAACUUGGCUGUCUCAUAUACUUGACUGUCUUAUACUCUCCAUCUCUCGACGCUCCUCGCCCCGCAAUAGUCGCGUCAAGAUGUUGAUGGAAGGCGUCCCUCCACCGUCCGACCCAAUCGAGAACAAGCAUGGCGACCCCAUGUACGCGGAUGAUGAUUUGAAGGCGGAGCUGGACAACACCCCUGUCGAUGACCCAUUUGGUAAUGAAGCAACUGCGGAGGUCAAGUACAAGACGCUGAAGUGGUGGCAAUGUGGAAUGUUCAUGAUUGCCGAAUCGGUGUCCCUUGGAGUCUUGUCCCUUCCUGCUACUCUUGAUACACUGGGCUUUGUUCCGGCGCUCAUUCUGAUUGUCGGUCUUGGUAUUCUCGCUCUCUACACUGGAAUGGUCAUUGGCCAAUUCCGCGAGCGUCAUCCGCAUAUUCACAACCUGGCUGAUGCCGGCGAAAUCCUCAUGGGUCGGUUCGGCCGUGAACUCUUCGGUCUGGGCCAGAUCCUGUUCUCCAUCUUUAUCAUGGGUAGUCACAUUGUCACCUUCACCGUCAUGAUGAACACGAUCACCGAGCAUGGCACCUGCUCCAUUGUCUUCAGUAUUGUGGGCAUGGUGAUCUGUUUGGUCCUGUCACUGCCCCGUACGAUCAAGAACAUGACCUACAUCUCCAUCGCCUCCUUCAUUAGCAUCUUCUCCGCAGUCAUGAUCACCAUGAUCGGUGUCGGUGUCCAAUACAAGGGCGGCACUAGCAUCUACGCCACCCAGCAGACAAACAUCUACCACGGCUUCACCGCCGUGACCAACAUUGUGUUCGCCUACUGCGCCCACGUCGCCUUCUUCGGUCUGAUCGCCGAGAUGGAGGAACCCAAGGACUUCACCAAGGCUCUGUGCCUGCUGCAAGGCUUCGAGAUCGCCCUCUACGUCACCGCCGCCACCGUCAUCUACUACUACGUCGGCACUGGUGUCGCCUCACCCGCUCUCGGAUCCGCCGGCCCUGUGCUCAAGAAGGUCGCGUACGGUGUGGCCAUCCCCACCAUCAUCGGUGCCGGUGUCGUCAACGGCCACGUCGGUCUCAAGUACAUCUAUGUUCGCAUCUUCCGGAAGUCUGGCCGCAUGGCUAAGCGCGACUUCGUCUCCGUUGGUUCCUGGGUUGGCAUUGGUGUGACCUGCUGGAUUAUCGCUUGGAUUAUUGGAGAGGGUAUUCCUAGCUUCACCAAUAUUGUUAGCUUGAUUAGUUCUUUGUUCGCCAGUUGGUUCACCUACGGUCUGAGUGGCGUGUACUGGUUGCACAUGAACUGGGGUUACUGGUUCUCGUCUCCUCGCAAGAUUGCCCUCACCAUUCUUAAUUUCUUGAUUGUUGGUAUUGGUGGUACUAUUUGCGGUCUGGGAUUGUACGCCUCCGGCAAGGCCAUCCACGACGACAGCUCUCGGGCCAGCUUCACCUGCGCCAAUAAUGCGGACUAAGCUUUGACUUUACUUUACGGCAUUAAUUUAUCUAUCUGGUUUUUUUUCGCUUAUGGGUUGGGUUUCUGUUUCAGCGUCUGACGAUUUGCGAUAUGUUGUACGGAUGAUCUACGGCUGAUUCUGAUGGUCAUGUAUAUACUAUAGACUUGCAUUGAGCGUGUUGUUCUAGAUGUCUGUGUU